AUGAACUGUUUCGACAGAAACCGGUGUCACUUGGGGUGGGUCAACCUUUGGGAUGAUAAGGAUUUACUAGGAUCGGAGGUCCCAGACCACCAGGAUCAUGGUAGACCAAAUGAACCGAUGAAUUUUUGUCCAGAGUGGAGUCAUCAGUUCAUUUGAUCUACCAUGAUCUGAGUGAUCUUGGAUCACUUAUCCUCAUUCGGAUCGUCUCGAAGAGCUCACUCUUAAUAAUCUGCAUGCCACGAGAGAUCAGCAAACAUAGAACCGGUCAACCUAUAAACCAGUAAGUAUGGAAACCAGAAACUCAUGCUAACAGUUCUUCCUUAUUUGUAGUGUUCAACUACAAAAGCAUUCCUAAUGCCCGCCCAUUUUGCUGUGGUGUCAACCUGCAACUGGAAGGAACCUACCAUCCAAAACCAGGAAAUCUAGGAUACUCAACACACCCACUCAGUCAGUACUAAUGCUGACUGUUCUUCUUCACUUGUUGUUAUCAUGGAUCCACAACUGAUUAUGGCUAUCAUUAUCACUCUUCAGAACCUCCUUCAAAUCCUCGACAGAACACAGUCUACAGCAGUCAAAAUACAGUAGAUUUAUAAGUGGGAUUAAGAGACUGUUGAUCAAUGGUGGUUGUUGUUUUUUCAAUUUCAGAACACUUUAUGCCAUGAAACAUUAAUUUGAAUUUACAUAUUGACUCUUGUACUUGUUAUCAUAUUUCGUAUAAAUUAUAAUUUAUUAGAAGGAGUGUGGUGACAAAAUUUCUCGCCUGUCAUGUGGAAGAAACCAGAGCUGGCAUGGAGGCCGAGCCACUGUUGUUUUUUCCCUCCACCAAGUACCCUGGAUUUGUCGAUCAGGUAUGUGACUUGAUUUAAUUUUUCAGAAUAAUAACUGUCUAAGACCUUUCUUUGAGAAUUAACAUUAUGUGGUUUUCAAGUUGAAAAAAGCACAAAGCAUAACAAGAGUGACUUCUUAAACACGUAAUUAGUGAUACAUUGUGAUGCUGAUUGCUCUCUGGACCUCCUAAACACAUGAUUUGAUAAAAAAGCCGAUUUUGAGCUCUCCAGACCUCCUAAACACCUUAUUUAAUAACCCACCCACUUAGUCAUUUCUCAUACUGACUGUUCCUCUUCACUUGUUGUGAUCAUGGAUCCACAACUGCUUCCCAGAUGCCUGCCCCAUACAUUCCAGAUAUCUGACUGGAAACUUGUGGAAGAUACAACUUGUAUGAAAUAUUGGAUUCCUUAUGGUGGCUGGAUGCUUGUGUAUGACCGGAUUCCAAUGAAAGCUGAACUUGUGGAAGGUGUAGUGGUGUUAUGUGGCCGAUGAACUGUUUCGGCAGAAGCCGGUGUCACUUAAUCUACAUAACACAAGAGAUCAGAGAUCAUAGAACCGGUCAACCUAUAAACCAGUAAGUAUGGAAACCAGAAACUCAUACUAACUGUUCUUCCCCUUUAUCAUCUAUUUAUCAUCUAAAAAGGCCAAUUUUGAGCUCUGUGGAACUCCUAAACACCUGAUUUAAUAACACACCCACUCAGUCAGUUCUUAUAGUGACUGUUCAUCUUCACUUGUUGCGAUCAUGGAUCCACAACUUCUUCCCAGAUGCCCGCCCCAUACAUUCCAGAUAUCUGACUGGAAACUUGUGGAAGAUACGACUUGUAUGAAAUGUUGGAUUCCUUAUGGUGCCUGGAUGCUUGUGUAUGACUGGAUUCCAAUGAAAGCUGAACUUGUGGAAGGUGUAGUGGUGUUAUGUGGCCGAUGAACUGUUUCGGCAGAAGCCGGUGUCACUUAAUCUACACAACACAAGAGAUCAGAGAUCAUAGAACCGGUCAACCUAUAAACCAGUAAGUAUGGAAACCAGAAAGUCAUACUAACUGUUCUUCCCCUUUAUCAUCCAGUUAUCAUCUAAAAAGGGCAAUUUUGAGCUCUGUGGACCUCCGAAACACCUGACUUAAUAACACACCCACUCAGUCAGUUCUUAUAGUGACUGUUCAUCUUCACUUUUUGUGAUCAUGGAUCCACAACUUCUUCCCAGAUGCCCGCCCCAUACAUUCCAAAUAUCUGACUGGAAACUUGUUGAAGAUACAACUUGUAUGAAAUGUUGGAUUCCUUAUGGUGGCUGGAUGCUUGUGUAUGAGCGGAUUCCAAUGAAAGCUGAACUUGUGGAAGGUGUAGUGGUGUUAUGUGGCCGAUGAACUGUUUCGGCAGAAGCCGGUGUCACUUAAUCUACACAACACAAGAGAUCAGAGAUCAUAGAACCGGUCAACCUAUAAACCAGUAAGUAUGGAAACCAGAAACUCAUACUAACUGUUCUUCCUCUUUAUCAUCUAUUUAUCAUCUAAAAGGGGCAAUUUUGAGCUCUGUGGACCUCCGAAACACCUGAUUUAAUAACACACCCACUCAGUCAGUUCUCAUAGUGACUGUUCCUCUUCACUUGUUGUGAUCAUGGAUCCACAACUGCUUCCCAGAUGCCUGCCCCAUACAUUCCAGAUAUCUGACUGGAAACUUGUGGAAGAUACAACUUGUAUGAAAUAUUGGAUUCCUUAUGGUGGCUGGAUGCUUGUGUAUGACCGGAUUCCAAUGAAAGCUGAACUUGUGGAAAGUGUAGUGGUGUUAUGUGGCCGAUGAACUGUUUCGGCAGAAGCCGGUGUCACUUAAUCUACACAACAGAAGAGAUCAGAGAUCAUAGAACCGGUCAACCUAUAAACCAGUAAGUAUGGAAACCAGAAACUCAUACUAACUGUUCUUCCCCUUUAUCAUCUAUUUAUCAUCUAAAAAGGGCAAUUUUGAGCUCUGUGGACCUCCGAAACACCUGAUUUAAUAACACACCCACUCAGUCAGUUCUCAUAGUGACUGUUCCUCUUCACUUGUUGUGAUCAUGGAUCCACAACUGCUUCCCAGAUGCCUGCCCCAUACAUUCCAGAUAUCUGACUGGAAGCUUGUGGAAGAUACAACUUGUAUGAAAUAUUGGAUUCCUUAUGGUGGCUGGAUGCUUGUGUAUGACCGGAUUCAAUGAAAGCUGAACUUGUGGAAAGUGUAGUGGUGUUAUGUGGCCGAUGAACUGUUUCGGCAGAAGCCGGUGUCACUUAAUCUACACAACAGAAGAGAUCAGAGAUCAUAGAACCGGUCAACCUAUAAACCAGUAAGUAUGGAAACCAGAAACUCAUACUAACUGUUCUUCCCCUUUAUCAUCUAUUUAUCAUCUAAAAAGGGCAAUUUUGAGCUCUGUGGACCUCCUAAACACCUGAUUUAAUAGCACAUCCACUCGGUCAGUUCUCAUAGUGACUGUUCCUCUUCACUUGUUGUGAUCAUGGAUUCACAACUGAAUCCUUGAUGCCUGCCACAUACAUUCCAGAUAUCUGACUGGAAGCUUGUCGAAGAUACAACUUGUAUGAAAUAUUGGAUUCCUUAUGGUGGCUGGAUGCUUGUGUAUGACUGAAUUCCUAUGAAAGCUGAACUUGUGGAAGGUGUAGUGGUGUUAUGUGGCCGAUGAACUGUUUCGGCAGAAGCCGGUGUCACUUAAUCUACACAACACAAGAGAUCAGAGAUCAUAGAACCGGUCAACCUAUAAACCAGUAAGUAUGGAAACCAGAAACUCAUACUAACUGUUCUUCCCUAUUUGUAGUGUUCAACUACAAAGGCAUCCCUUGUGCUUGCCCUUAUUGGUGUGGUGUGGACCUGGUAAAGCCAGGAUACCCAAAUAAGUUGGUACUCAAACUGACUGUUUCUCUACUCCUGUUGUGAUUGUGGUCAGGGCAUGACCAUUAUUUACCUGUCUUCAUUUGAUUAUGGCUUCCAUUAUCACUCUUGCACAAAUCCUUGAAGAAACACAGUUUACAGCAGUUUGUUGUAAUACUUGUUUUUCCCAUUUCAGUUCACUUUAUGCGAUGAAACCUUGAUUUGAAUUUAAACAUUGACUCUUUGUGCUUGUUAUCAUAUUUCAUAUCUUUCAGUUAGAAGGAAUGUGGUGGCAAGAUUUCUCGCCUGUGAUGGGGAAGAAAGCAGAGCUGGCAUGGAGGCCGAGCCAUCCUGUAUCCUGGAUUUGUCGAUCAGGUAUGUGACUUAAUUCAAUUUUUUGGAUUAAUACCUGUCUUAUACCUUUCCUUGAGAAUUAACAUUACGUGAUUUUCAAAUUGAAAAAAGCACAAAGCAUAACAAGAGUGACUUGUUAAACAAGUAUUUGGUAAUACAUUGUGAUGCUGAUUUUAUCAAACUUGUCAUUUCAGGUCUUGAUCUGCCGAACCUGUCGGACAUUAUUCUGCCACAUCACUUUUAAUUGGAGCUACCACACCUGAUAAUUGGAUACAAACACAGAAGAUCCUGACAAGUUUCCAUUUUACCGAAUUCUUUUGGUGGAAUCUACCUUGU